GGGCAUUUCACAGGCCCAUUUUUUUUCUGAACUUCAUUGAAAAGCUAGCAUAAAACAAUAAAGAUCAUAAAAAUAAAUACAGAUAAUGAAUGAAUAACACAUGAAUAUGAGUGGAGGAUGUAUCCAGAUCCUUUACUCAGGUGGUGGAGCUCCACAGUAAAGAGAGGAACCAGAGCGAUCAGUGGCUGUUGACAGUUGUCAUGUCUCUUUUCACCACACGCCUGAGCUUUGUUUGUGCACAAGAAUUGUGGGAACAACACAAAGGUGGGCAGCUGUGAAGGAGGCCGUCGUCAUGUCACAGAUUAUCCUGAAGAGCUGAUCAGUGUCACAGCUGCUGACGUCACUGCCCUUUAAAGUCAUGCUCCUGGUACAGUGUGAACAGAUGCAGAGGCGGAGAUGGACGGCACACUGACUCUGAUGCUCCUCUUCCUCAGCUGGACCUGUUACGCUGAGGAGGACGCAGAGACUCUGUCCUGCCCAGAAUACCAGGAGGCUUUUGACGCCUCCUGCUACGAGUUUGUGGGUCUGCGGCGCUCCUUCCUCAGUGCCCAGGGAUGGUGCGAGCGAGGCGGAGGACACCUCGCCUUCGUCCUGAACGAUGAAACCCAGCAGUUCCUCCAGAAGCACCUGGAGCCGGAGAAGGACUGGUGGCUCGGUCUGGCCCCUGCUGCUCCAAACCUCACGCUGGAGUCUGCUGCCACUGAGGGUUCCCUUGCGUGGCUGGACGGCUCUGAUGUCAGCUACAGUAACUGGGUGGACAUGCCUGAUGCAGACGCAGCCUGUGGUUAUAUCCUGAGACACUCAGGCUUCCAGUGGCAAACCACAGUGAACUGCAGCCAGGAACUCAACUUCAUCUGCCAGUUUGAUUCUGAGAGAUCCAUCGCAUGUGACGGCCAAAACGCCACGCUGCAGUGUGGUUCAGGUCAAGUCAUCGAGAUCGACGACAGCUUCUACGGACGAAAGACGAUUCACUACUGCAGGUCCAGACUCACGGCCUCAGCCACGUCGUCUCAGGAGGAGUGCAGCUGGAUAGAUGUGGUCGAUUCUGUAACAGCUCACUGCCAUGGACUGCAGGCUUGUCAGGCUCCAGUGGAUCGGAGCUCUUUUGGUGAACCAUGUCCUGCGCUGGGCAGCUACCUGUCUGUGGAGUACAGCUGCAAAAAUGGACUCCACCUGCUGAUGAGUAAACUGGCGGCUGUUUUUGAUAAUGUCACCAUCACUGUGAAGUGGCUCCUUCAUCCGUUCCAGGGGAACCUGACGUGCACGCUGAACGCUGGAGACGGCCACACUAUUGAUCCGUACAGUCCAGAGGAGAUGGAGAGCACUGUUAUACACAAAUUCACCCGUCCUGGUGUCUUCGUGGUUGGAGUGGAGUGCACCACCAGUGACUGGCAUGUUACAGCUCAGAGAGCCAUAACCAUUCAGGAGCCUGUCGGAGAGUUCAGUGUGAUCAGGUGCUAUGGCAGCAAUGUGUCAACAGAUGGCAGUAAAUGCAACGCGCUGUAUGGCAGACCUGUUCAAAUACAGGUAACGGUGGAUGCAGGUACAAAUGUUUCCUACACGAUUCAACACGAGGACCAGUUGGUUGCAAACUCGUCAGUGGACAGAGGGAUCACACCCCACAACAUCACACUCAGUUCAAGUGUGGUGGAGCAGCUUGGACGCGGCUGCCACAACCUGACUGUAGCUGCGUCAAACGGGGUCAAAGCCCAGACAGUGUCCACCGAUCUGGAGCUGUGUCUGCUGGAGCCCGUCGACGGCCUGCAGGCCUCCGUCAUGUCAGAGGAAGGCGAGUGUCCAGACUCCACUGAUAUCAUCAUUGGCGUUUCGUUGGAGCGAGGAGCGCCUGUGCAGCUGCUCUUCAAUCUCACAGGAGCCGGGGACGCUGUGUCCGAGACCAGAGACAUGCUCAAUGGUAGCGUGCAAGCUUACACGUUUUCCAGCCCGAUUGAAGGCUUGCUCAGAGUUAGUGUACAGGCCAUGAAUGCCCUCUCUGCCUCUGAUGUGGACGUGGACCUGGAGGACAUACUCGAGGCCUGCCACUCUUCACCAGACCCACAUGGAAACUCAACAGGUAACAUGAGCAUCGACGACUCUGCUGACUUGAAGAUAACUGCCUCUCCUGACACUUUGGUCGACUACAGUCACACUGUGACUCUGAGGGUAACUGGAACUGAAUCACUACCCAGCAGAGGACUCACAUUUGAAUGGACCUGCAAAAAAAACUGCAAAUGCAGAAACAAAACAGGAUGGAGGGAUGAAACUCAUGUCAUUGAAAAGGACUGCCUCCCAAAUCCCUUCGAGUUUUUCAGAUACACUUUGACUGUGAGGAGAGCAGCCUGGUUUAGGAAGUGGGCUGACCUGGCUUCAGCUUCAAAGUGCAUCACUGUGGCUCCAAAAGAAUUCACAAAUGUCACCAUCAGCUGUGAUAAUUGUGCUUCGAUAAAUGUGAACGACCAUGUAAAGCUGAGGCUGAGCUGUGUGACGACUUGUCCAGAUGUAGUCUGGUUUAUUGAGGAUCCCAGACCUGUGACGGGAGCCGAAACAUGUUACUCUGAAGCAGGAAGGAGGCCGCCCAUCGAGAAACAGGACGGCAGCACUGAAUACACUGUUCACAGCCGACACCUGAAAGUGUCGAGGGACACGCUGCACAACAUCAGUGUGACUGUUUACGGCAAGAAGGAUCCAGGUUUUGCCAGGUACACUCUUCCAGUACCAGGUCCAGAGCCAACUGAACCAGCUACAGACCCAGGAGUGACGACUGAUGCUCCCUCAGACCCCAGCCCCCCCUCAUGUAGCAUCUCUCCCACAUCAGGAACUGUUCUCGAUGCUUUUGACAUCACCUGCAAACCCAGCUCUUUCUGCUCUGCCGGCUGUUUGUACUGCUUUAAAACCGACUCAGGCAAACAUCUGCGCUGCAGUAAUGCAAAUGAGGUGAAAUCUGUCCUCCUGCCUCUCGGAGAUAAGAACAACAACUACAGUUUGUCUGUUGUGGUGACUGUGAAGAAUGGACACGAGAAAGUCAGCACAGCUGUCACUGCUCAGGUAUGGAAAAGUAACUCCAGUGCGUCAGUGGAGGCUCUCCAGUCUGCAGUGGAGGAUACUGUGACUCAGUUAGAGCAGCAGGGCCUGCUCUCUGGUGAGGCACUCGGACAAAUAUUUACCUCCGUUUCUGACUUGCUGAAUAACGAGACGGGCCAAGAUCAGAGGGAAGCCAGAACCAAGCUCAGAGAGCAGAUGUUGACCAAAAUGACCACAGUGCUGGUGGACUCCCCCACGAACACAACUCAGGAAGUGCAAGUGACGGCCAGAGCUGUGGCUGGACUCACGCAGCGCUCAGAGGAGCUCAGUCCUGCUGCUCAAGAAGAAGCCGGUUCUCUGUUGGUAGACCUGAGCUCCUCCCUCAGCACCAUCAGUGUUAAUCAGGACGACGGGGAUGAUGGAGAAGUUGUGCAAGCAGCUACACCGAUAGUUGAAGCUGCCAGUAAUAUUUUGAACGUUUCAUCAAAUAGGAAAGUCUCCGAUUUUCUUCUGACCGGGAUAAACAAUGUUCAGAGUGCUUUGCUGAAUAAUAAAAAGCUGAAUGGAGACCCUGCCAUCAUUGACUCUGGUCAGAUCAGCGUGUACGUCAACAGAGUCUCUCCAGGAUCCAUGCAGGUGCAGGAUAUAAACGUCCAGAAGAGCAGCUCGUCCAGAUUUUCCUUCCCCAGACUGCCUGAAGACGUCGUCUCUCCAGAGGAGCCAGUGGAUGUGAGAAUGAUGAGCUUUGAGAAAAAUCCAUAUUCUUGGAAGGAGGAGAACAUCACAGGAACUGUUGGAUCCGUGUCUCUGACCAGAAUGAACGGCUCUGUCAUUCCUGUGGAGAACCUACCUGAGGAGAUCGAGAUUCUCCUGCCGAGGCUCGGUGUCGGGCAGGAGAACAGCACCGUCCUUGACCUUGCCAAUUUCAGCACAUUAAUAAUUGACGUCCCCUCGCCGGAUGUAACACUGGUGCUGAAGAUGGAGCCGUCUGAGGACAUCUCCUUCAUGCUGUUCCUGGGAUAUAAAGAUUAUCCCAGUCAUGAGAAUCAUGUCGCCAAGACUCAGAUUCCUCUGGAGAAUUCCAAAGAAGAGGAGAAAUAUACCUGGGUGCUGAGUCCCAGAGACAGAACAGGAGACGCUGGAGCACACUACCUUGUUAUGAAGCCCAUUGUAGAACCAGGCGUCAAAUCCAUCAACACCACUGUCACUGUCACAUCCAUCGCUGCACAGUGCAAAUACUGGAAUGAAACUGAGUCUUCCUGGAGUGAAGAUGGCUGCAGGGUUGGUCCGCUCACCACGCCGCUGGUCACUCAGUGCCUCUGUAACCACCUGACUCUCUUUGGCAGCUCUUUCUUCGUCUUGCCAAACUUGGUGGAUGUGUCGCGCACCGCGGAGCUUUUUGCUACGUUCACCAACAACCCUGUGGUGGUGUGUUUUGUGGGGGCCAUCUUUUCUGUUUAUCUUCUGGUGGUUGUAUGGGCACGCAGGAAAGACAUCCAGGACUCAGCCAAGGUCAAGAUAACAGUGCUCGAGGACAACGACCCCCUGGCUGAGUAUCGUUACAUGCUGAACAUCAGCACCGGGCAUCGGCACGGUGCAUCCACCUCCUCUCAGGUGACGAUAACUCUGCUGGGCACAGAGGGAGAGAGUGACCCCCACCACCUCACAGACCCAGACAAACCUGUGUUUGAGAGGGGAGGGGUGGACAUGUUCCUGCUGACCACACACUUCUCUCUCGGAGAUCUGCAGAGCAUCAGACUGUGGCACGACAACUCAGGAGAGCGUCCUGCCUGGUAUGUCAACAAGGUGAUGGUGCAGGAUCUGGAGAGUGGUCAGAAGUGGCACUUCCUGUGUAACUCCUGGCUGGCUGUGGAUGUGGGAGAGUGCACUCUUGACAAGGUCUUCCCAGCAGCCACAGAAAUGGAUCUGAAGAGGUUUAGUAACCUGUUCUUCAUGAAGACGGCCAAGGAUUUCCGUGACGGCCACAUCUGGUUCUCUGUCAUCAGUCGUCCUCCCUGCAGCACCUUCACUCGUGUGCAGCGAGUCUCCUGCUGUUUCUCUCUUCUGCUGUGCACCAUGCUGACCAGCAUCAUGUUUUGGGGCAUCCCGACAGACCCCUCUGAGCAGACCAUGGACCUGGGCCACAUCGAGUUCACCUGGCAACAGGUCAUGAUCGGAGUUCAGAGUUCAAUCAUCAUGUUUCCCAUCAACCUCCUUAUUGUGAGCAUCUUCAGGAACACUCGUCCUCGAGAGAAAACCAGCAAAACAGAGGCGUCUAAGCAGGGGAAGACCGGUCGAGUUUCUCCCUCGCAGACCUCCUCCCCUCAGAAGGAGCUGAAGGACAUCACACCUGACACUGUCAUCAAGGACAUAAAGAGAAUCGCUCAGUCGCUCUCGAAGGCCAUGAAGAGUCCACUGCCCCAUCAGGAGCUCCGCCCUGGUCAGCCGGCAGACAUCAACACUCUGCUGUCUCUGGUGGAGGACAUCAUCAGACAGCAGAACCGAGCGGCGGGAGACUUCUACUCUGACGCCACCAAAAGAGACCGCUCUAUGAUCCUCAGUUUAGGUGCAGUCAGUCUACAAGAAAACAGUUUGUGUGGGAGCCCUGAGAGGACUUCAGAUGAAGUUCAGAAGAAGAGCAACAACAGCCGAUACCUGUACAGGCAGCUGCGUCACGUUGAGAAGGAGCUGGCUCUGUUGGGACCGACUCGUUUCCCAAACCCGGACAGCUACAACCGAGCCAUGCAGCAAGUCCAGGGAAUGAGGGGUCUCCUGGAGUACCACCUCCCCUCGUCCAGCCUGGACGGAGACCAGCCCGACCGCAGCCCCAGUCCAGAGGAGAGCCUCGGCAACGGGGACUCCACCAGGAAGUGCUGCCAAGGAGGGCUGCCGUGGUGGUUUGUCUUUGUCGGAUGGAUACUGGUGAUUGCCACCAGCGGCGUGUCAGGGUACUUCACCAUGAUGUACGGGCUGACGUACGGGAAAGACCGCUCCAUAAGCUGGCUCAUCUCCAUGGUGGUCUCCUUCUUUGAGAGUCUCUUUAUUACCCAGCCUCUGAAGGUUCUUGGUUUUGCUGCUUUCUUUGCUCUCGUUCUGAAGAAAGUCGACCAGGAGGAGUACGGAGAGCCUCAGAUAGAUGAGAGUCUCAGAAACCCAGAUGAUCCUGAUGCGGUGCGGGCAGCGAGAAGAGACAGCACGUGCAGUUUCUAUCAGCCGCCACCUCCCACCGACAUCGAGAGGAUGAGGAACAACAUGAUCAAAGAGCAGAAAGUCUUUGCGCUCGUGAGGGAGAUUCUCGCAUACAUGGGGUUUAUGUGGAUGCUGCUCCUGGUGGCGUACGGUCAGAGGGACCCCAACGCUUACUUUCUGACCCAGCACAUUCGACAGAGCUUCAGCAGAGGGAUCUCAGACAGUAUGAGCAUUCAGGAUGUGUUCAGCUGGGCAAACACAACUCUGCUCAGCAGCCUGUUUGGAGAGCACCCAGGAUUUAUCACAGAUGGAAACUCGAAGCUGGUGGGUAACGCUCGUCUCCGUCAGGUGAGGGUGAAGACAAACUCCUGCGACGUCGCUCACUCCCUGCAGCAGUCUGUGCCGGACUGUCAUGCUCCGUACUCAUGGGAGUUGGAGGACAUGGGCUCCUACGGUCCGGGCUGGAGCCACCCUGCGGGAGGUAACGCCUCACUGAACCUUCAGGGCCCGUGGACGUACCAGUCCCAGCGUAAACUGAGGGCCUACCCCAUCUGGGGCAGCGUGAAGCUCUACAGAGGAGGAGGGUUCGUGGUGGAUCUGGGGCCGGAUUUACAAAAUUCCAGCAGAUCUCUACAGUACCUUUAUGACAGCACCUGGUUUGACGUGUACACCCAGGCGAUCUUUGUUGAGUUCACUGUGUACAACGCCAACGUCAACCUCUUCUGCAUCGUCACACUCAUGCUGGAGACCACAGCCGUAGGAGCGUUCCAGUUCCGCAGCGAGCUUCAGAGUGUGCGUCUUUACCAGUCGACCGGCGGCCUUCACGUCUUCGUCAUGGCCUCUGAAGCCAUCUACUUCCUCUUUAUCAUAUAUUACAUGUUUGUCCAGGGAAAACUGAUGAAGCAGCAGAGAUGGUCUUACUUCAGGAGUAAGUGGAACCUGCUGGAGCUGGCCAUCAUCAUCCUCAGCUGGAGUGCACUGUCUGUCUUCAUCAAGAGGACUUUACUGGGGAAGAGGGACAUGGACUAUUACCAGAACAACAGAGACCAAUACGCCAGUUUCCAUGAGACGGCCAAGGCGGACGCGGUGCUGGGGUAUCUGAUUGCCUUCUUAGUCCUGAUGGCUACAGUCAAACUGUGGCACCUGCUGAGACUGAACCCCAAGCUGCACAUGAUCACAUCCACACUGCAGCGAGCCUGGACUGAUAUUUCAGGCUUCCUGGUGGUCAUGACCAUCAUGUUCCUGGCCUACUCCAUCACUUCCAACCUGAUGUAUGGAUGGAAGCUACACUCGUACCGGACUCUGCUGGAUGCUGCACAGACCAUCAUCAGCCUGCAGCUUGGCAUUUUUAACUACGAAGAGGUUCUGAGUUAUAACCCGGUCCUCGGAGCUUUCCUCAUCGGCUCCUGCAUCGUGUUCAUGACCUUUGUGGUGCUGAACCUCUUCAUCUCUGUCAUCCUGGUGGCGUUCAGUCAAGAGCAGAUACAUCACAAGCCGUCAGAGGAGGAGGAGAUUGUUGACCUGAUGCUGAUGAAACUCUGCAGCUUAUUUGGAGUCAAAUGUAAGAAACAAGGUGGCGACAGCCUGACUGAGAGGCCCGGUGUUUCAUCUGCUUCAACGACAUCGACCAUUUCUUCUGGGAAUAUUCACGAGGGCUGACACGGGUUGUUCAACAUUAUAAUAGAGUGCUUCGUGUCACUUUUGCCUUUACCGUAGCUUGGUUCUAAAACCAACAUGUUGUUGCUUUGUGACUGAAUAUUAGUGCAAGUCUAUAAAUGAUUAGCAUUUGUCUCAGCUGCUGCUGCAGGAACUAAAGAGAAUCCUCCUGUAAUGCAGUGAGACUCUGUUUAGGCUGAAGUAUAUUUUGUUAAACAUGUAAAUGUGUUUCUGUGAUCCACAAACUGUCAAUCUGACUGAUCUGAUAAAUAAUUCUGCUGUAAAACAAUGCACUCAUCAUCACUUCCUUCAGUUAUCAGCUCAAACACGUCCGUAAAUAUUCAGCAACAAUCUAAUCAAUUAAUAUCCAGCUGCAGUGAUGAUCUAACUUGCUUCUUAUGAAACAAAACAAAGCUUUAGUUAUUGCUCCCUCUAUUUUAAAGCUGAGAUAUAGGAAACAGAGUGUACAUCAACAGCUCUGCUCUCAUGCAAUAAAAACAAUGAAUUCCUGUCAGGAUAACAAACAGAAAGUGGCUGCU